CAAAUAGGUUAUCUCGGCUAUUAUUUAUUUGAUAAUAUUUAAAUAAAUAGAAUAAAACUUUUUUUAUAUCUUUUGUACAUCCAGCUACGCAAUUAAUAAUUACUGUAUUGAGUAUUCUGUAAUGUUUUAGAAUUAGCGAUCAAAAUGUGGACGACAAAAACUUUUUUAACCAAAACGAAACGCGGCAAUAUUCUAAAAAUUGUCAGGGAACACUACUUACGUGAUGACUUGCUGUGUGGUUCUGCUGCUUGCAAUGUAUGCCCACAUAAAGAUGACGAGUAUGUUUUGGAUACAAAACCAGAGUCUAUAUGUACAUUAUUUGACUACCCACAUUACUUAGUUCUCGACACUAAUGUGGUGCUUCAUCAGAUAGAUGUUUUGGAGGAAAAUGCUCUCACAAAUGUGAUAAUUUUGCAAACAGUUUUAGAAGAGGUAAAACAUCAGAAUACAGCUAUAUUCCAGAGGCUUCUAGAAGUAAUUGGAAAUAAAAGAAGAAAGUUCUAUUCCUUUGUCAAUGAACAUCAUAAAGAUACAUAUGUGGAAAGGAAACCAGGAGAGAAACAAAAUGACAGAAAUGACAGGGCAAUACUUAAGGCUGCCAGCUGGUAUGAAGAACAUUUGUCCAAUAAUAGUGUAAAUGGGCAGAAUCCAAAAAUUGUACUAAUUACUGAUGAUGAAAAGAAUAGGAAUAUUGCACAAGAGGAAGGAAUUAUUUGCUGUUCUGUGAAAGAUUAUAUUGAAAAUGUGACUGGCUUUGUCGGACUUGUUGAUAAACUAUCCAAGAACAUUAUGCCAGAAAGCUAUUCAAAGGAUGCAUUGUACCCAGCACAUCUAACACCUGCAGAAAUCCAUAGUGGUAUCCGUAAUGGUAAAUUCCACCAGGGCACAUUCCAUGCAUCAAGGGACAAUUUUCUGGAGGGAUCUGCAUCAGUAAAUGGUUAUGAAAAAUCGAUCUUACUACAAGGACACGUUGGUAUCAAUCGAGCAGUAGAUGGUGAUCUUGUGGCAAUUGAGGUGUUCCCCGAGGAAGAAUGGCGAAAGCCAAGUGACAUUGUCUUAGAGGAUAAAGCUGAUGACCCUGGAGACUUACUUGAAGAGGAAUCGGUGCUUUUAAAAGCAGUAAAACUGGUGGACAAUAGAGAUGAAAUAACACCAACAGGGAAAGUGGUGGGCAUAAUUAGGCGAAAAUGGAGACAAUACUGUGGCAUAUUGGUGCCUAGCAAAUUUCCAGGUGCAACUCGUCACCUAUUCACACCAGCUGAGAAGCGCAUCCCGCGCGUUCGUAUUGAGACCCGUCAGAGUGACACGCUCGCUUCGCAGCGCAUCCUCGUCGCACUCGACUCAUGGCCUCGGAACAGUCGAUAUCCGCUCGGACAUUUUGUUCGAGCGCUGGGUCCUAUCGGUGAUAAAGAUGCUGAAAACGAAGUAAUAUUAUUGGAACACGAUGUACCGCAUGCUAGAUUCAGUGAGGCAGUGCUCUCGUGCCUACCACCUAACGACUGGACCAUACCUCCAGAGGAGAUCAAGCGUCGUGUGGAUCUGCGUUCGGUGUGUAUAUGCUCGGUGGACCCGCCCGGCUGUACCGAUAUUGAUGAUGCAUUGCACGCGCGGCCGGCCGCCACCGCGGGCGUGUUCGAGGUCGGCGUGCACAUCGCGGACGUCACGCACUUCGUCCGCCCCGGCACUGCACUUGACAAGGAAGCCGCCUCGCGGUCCACCACUGUCUACUUGGUCGACAAGAGGAUUGAUAUGGUGCCAGAUUUGCUCAGUUCCAAUUUGUGUUCGCUGCGCGGCGGAGAAGAAAGGUUAGCAUUCUCUUGUGUGUGGGAGAUAGACGAGAACGCCAAUGUGUUGUCGACCAAGUUCCAUAAGAGUGUUAUUAAGUCUGCAGCUGCGAUGACAUACGAGGAAGCACAGAUAGCGAUCGACGAAGCGUCCCGCAAUGACGAAAUCGCGCGCUCGCUACGUACGCUUAAUAUGUUAGCCAAGAAGUUGAAAAAGAAGCGACUCGACAAUGGUGCACUGCUACUCGCCUCGCCGGAGAUACGUUUUCAGGUGGACUCCGAGACACACGAGCCGCUAGAGGUGCAGGCGAAGAAGAUAAUGGAUACGAACUCAAUGGUGGAGGAGUUCAUGUUGCUGGCCAACGUGAGCGUGGCGCAGCGGCUGGCGGAGGAGUUCCCGCAGUGCGCGCUGCUGCGGCGACACCCCGCGCCGCCGCCCGCUAACUUCCAGCAGUUCCUGGUCGCCGCCAGACACCAGGGUUUCGAGAUAGAUGUAUCGACAAACAAAUCAUUUUCGAAGUCACUGGACGAGGCGGUGAUCCCAGAUCGGCCUUAUUUCAACAUCCUACUCCGAAUCAUGGCGACGCGUUGUAUGAUGCAAGCGGUAUACUUCUCCAGCGGCACCCACACUCAAGAAGAAUAUUAUCACUACGGAUUAGCUUGUCCGAUCUACACGCACUUUACAUCCCCGAUUCGAAGAUACGCUGAUGUACUGGUUCACCGACUAUUGGCGGCGAGCGUGGGCGCUGACGUCACACACGCCGAGCUGCUCGACGUGCGACACGCGACCGCACUCUGCGACAACCUCAACUACCGCCAUCGGCAGGCGCAGUACGCCGGCCGCGCCUCCGUCGCACUCAACACUCACGUAACUAUAUCUCUCUGUCUCUCUCCCUCCCGCCAUUCUAACGCGCUCUGCGACAACCUCAACUACCGCCAUCGGCAGGCGCAGUACGCCGGCCGCGCCUCCGUCGCACUCAACACUCACAUUCUCUUCAAACACAGAGUGGAAAUAGAAUCGGCCGUCGUGUUGUCUGUUAAACGAAAUGCAUUGCAAGUCCUUAUACCGAAGUACGGAUUGGAAGGCCCACUAUAUCUGCCAUCUGACAUGUUUACUUAUAAUGAAGAGACACACGUGCAAAAAUGCGGCGAUGUCACACUGAAAACGUUCGACGAACUGACAGUGCGACUCAGUCUCGACAGUACUAAUUUGCAGCAUCGGAAACUUGUAUUCCAACUUGUUGUACCGUUUGUUCCCGGCUUUAGUUACGUACAAGAGGAACAACAGAAGGAAAUAGAACAGAAUGAAGAGAAGAUGGAAGUUGAUAGUGCAGAAAAUCUAAAGAAGCGAAAAGUAAUGACACCGACCAAAAUUAAAAGGAAAAGUAUGAAAAAGUAGUACAUAGAUGUAUGAUU